CACACACACACACACACACACACACACACACACACACACACACACACACGCACACACACACGCAAAGCUGCAGGAAGAAGGAGAAGAAGAGCCGAACCUCCUCCUCUUCUUCAUCUUCUCCUGCGGGGAUUUAGGAGAGAGACGCGCGCACGUUCUUCGUGUUGGCUCGCAAAUGACUUGUUGAAGAAAUACACGCAAUUGGAAGAAGACGGGGUGGAGAAAAGCAGGACAAAAAAAAAAAGCCUAAGCGUGGAUAUAGAAAGGAGCGGGGCAUGUGGAUAUUGGCUCUUAUCUUUUCCCAGUGCAUCUUGAAUGUUCUCUGUGAAGAUCUACGUUCCAGCUUGUAUUUUGUCAAUGCAUCUGUGCAAGAGGUAGUGUUUGCCAGCACCACAGGGACGUCGGUGCCCUGCCCCGCCGCAGGCGUGCCACCUGUCUCACUGCGCUGGUACCUGGCCACCGGUGAGGAGAUCUAUGAUGUGCCAGGGAUUCGCCAUGUGCACUCCAAUGGCACCCUCCAGAUCUUCCACAUCCCUCCUUCCAGCUUCAGCAAACUCAUCCACGACAGCACCUACUAUUGCACAGCGGAGAACCACUCAGGGAGAAUCAGGAGCCAAGAUGUCCACAUUAAGGCUGUCCUACGAGAACCCUACACUGUUCGGGUGGAGGACCAAAAAGCCAUGAGAAGCAAUGUGGCGGUCUUCAAGUGCAUUAUACCUGCCUCAGUGGAGGCUUACAUCACUGUUGUGUCCUGGGAGAAAGACACAAUGUCAAUCAACGCUGAAAUGUCACGGUUUCUUAUCACAUCCACGGGAGCCCUUUACAUCCUCGACGUCCAAAUGGAGGAUGGGCUGUACAACUACAGGUGUAUGACACGCCAUCGGUACACAGGAGAGACCCGACAAAGCAAUAGUGCCCGCCUUAUUGUCUCAGAUCCCACAAACUCAGCACCACACAUCCUGGACAGCUUUGAACGCCGCGAGGUGAUGGCUUCUCAUCGGGUGGAGUUGCCAUGCAAGGCCUCGGGUCACCCGGCGCCCAAGUACCGCUGGCUGAAGGACAACCGACCCCUGGAGCCGGACACACGUUACCGACAGAGUGUGACGGGGCUGCUCAUUGAGAGAACACAACCCAGCGACACGGGCGCGUAUGUGUGUGAGGUGUGGAAUGGCUACGGCAAUGCUGAGGUGGUUGGCAGGCUGCUUGUGAAAGAGACCCUGAAAGUUGUGGUGAGCCCUCGAAAGGUGAAGGGCAGCGUUGGCAGCCAGGUUUCCCUCACUUGCGGUGUAACUGGCUCUGAAGAGUACCAGUUGUCUUGGUAUCGCAACGGCGAGCUCAUCUACCCCAGUAACAGCGUCCGGAUGACGGGUCAAAACAGGGAAAACCUCGUUAUGGCUGGGAUGGCCAAAAGCGACGGAGGAGCAUAUCAAUGCUUUGCCAGACAUGGGAAGAUGUCAGCCCAGGACUUUGUUCAGGUCAUCUUGGAAGACGGUACACCAAAGAUUCUGGCAUCAUUUAGCGAGAAGGUCUACAACAUCAAUGAGUUUGUAUCGCUGUCGUGCACUGUGAAGGGCACACCGGAGCCCAGGGUGACCUGGACACUUGAUGACGAGCCAGUAAUACGGGACAGCCGCCAUCGGAUUUCCUACUACACCAACACCGAAGGUCACGUCGUCAGCCACCUCAACAUCAGCCAGACCCAGGUCCCGGAUGGAGGGGUUUAUCGCUGCAUCUGCAACAAUUCAGCAGGGGCCAUUUCCUACCAGGCGCGAAUAAACGUAAGAGGGCCUGCCAGCAUCAGACCGAUGAAAAACCUCACUGCUAUCGCUGGGCGGGACAUGUACAUCCACUGUCGUGUCAUCGGCUACCCUUACUACUCAAUCAAAUGGUACAAGGACUCCAAUUUGCUGCCGUACAACCACCGGCAGCGGGCCUUUGAGAACAACGGCACCCUGAAGCUUUUCGACGUGCAGAAGGACGUGGAUGAAGGAGAAUACACGUGCAAUGUGCUCGUGCAGCCACAGUUGUCCACACAUCAGAGCGUCUACGUCACUGUGAAAGUCCCACCGACCAUCCACCCAUUUGAGUUCCCUCGCUUUUCCAUCGGCCAGAGAGUCUUCAUCCCUUGUGUGGUUAUGUCUGGUGACCAACCAGUCUUCAUCACCUGGCAGAAGGAUAGGCGGCCGAUACCAGCCAGCCUCGGUGUCACUAUUGACAACAUCGACUUUACCAGUUCUCUGCGGAUCUCCAAUCUCACUUUGAUGCACAACGGCAACUACACAUGCAUCGCACGCAACCAAGCUGCAGCCGUGGAGCAUCAAAGUCAGCUCAUCGUCCGAGUUCCUCCUAAAUUUGUGGUGCAACCAAAGGACCAGGAUGGCAUUUAUGGCAAAGCUGUGAUUCUGAACUGCUCAGCUGAAGGCUAUCCUGUUCCUACCAUCCAAUGGGAGUACUCCAAAGGUAAAGACACAAAUGACAAAGGUAUUGAGUGCUUAGUUAAUCACAAUAAUGUUUGUUCACACAAAGGUGCCGGGGUCCCUCAGUUCAAACCCAUUGCCCUCAACUCAGGCUUUCGAAUUGAGGUGCUGGUCAAUGGCUCCUUGCUCAUCAAACAUGUGCUGGAAGAAGACAGUGGAUUCUACCUUUGUCGGGUCAGCAACGACGUUGGGGCUGAUGUCAGCAAGUCCAUGUACCUUAAUGUUAAAAUUCCUGCCAUGAUCACAUCCUACCCCAACACUACGCUGGCCACACAAGGUGAGGAGAAGAAAAUGAGCUGCACGGCCCACGGUGAGAAGCCUAUCAUGGUGCGCUGGGAGAAAGAAGAACGCAUCAUCAACCCCGAGACCAGUCGCUACGUAGUUACAGUCAAGGAGGUGGGAGAUGAAGUCAUCUCCACCCUGCAGAUCAUGCCCACAGUGAGAGAGGACUCUGGAUUCUUUUCCUGCCAUGCCAUCAACUCCUUUGGAGAAGACAGAGGGAUCAUCCAGCUCACAGUUCAAGAGCCCCCAGACCCCCCAGAGGUGGAGAUCAGAGAAGUGAAAGACAGAACCAUUGCCCUGCGUUGGACGAUGGGAUUUGAUGGCAACAGCCCAAUCACAGGCUUUGAUAUCGAAAGCAAGAACAAAUCAGCCUCCUGGGACACCGCUCAGAAGACCAAAGAUGUCUCACCUCAGCUCAACCAGGCCACAAUCAUCGACCUCCACCCCUCCUCCACCUACAACAUCCGUAUGUUCGCUAAGAACCUCAUCGGGAAGAGUGAGGCCAGUAAUGAGCUCACCAUCACCACUGAUGAAGCAGCUCCUGACGGACCACCUCAGGACGUGCAGCUUGAAGCCCUCUCCUCUCAGAGCAUCAAAGUUUCCUGGAGGGCACCCAAGAAGCACCUACAGAAUGGAGCAAUCAAAGGCUACCAGGUGGGCUACAGGGAGUACAGUUCAGGUGGAAACUACCAGUUCAGCGUCAUCAGUGUGGAAACAACAGGGGACAAUGCAGAAAGCCUGGUACUGGACAACCUCAAGAAGUUUACCCAGUACGGGGUUGUGGUGCAGGCUAGCAACAGUGCAGGGACUGGGCCCUCUUCUACAGAGGUGGCUGCCACCACACUGGAGGAUGUACCAAGUCGUCCUCCAGAGAACGUCCAAGCCAUGGCUACGUUCCCAGAGGUUAUCUCCCUGUCCUGGCUGACCCCACCUAAGGAUGCACUGAACGGAAACCUUCUGGGUUUCAGAGUUAUCUACUGGGCCAACCUGCCUGAUGGAGAGCUGGGUGAGAUCAGUAAUGUCACGACUUCCAAGCCCUCACUGGAGCUGGACGGCCUGGAGAAAUACACCAACUACAGCAUCCAGGUGUUAGCCUUCACCAGAGCAGGCGACGGUGUCCGCAGUGAACAGAUUUAUACUCGCACCAAGGAGGACGUUCCUGGUCCUCCGGGCGGUGUAAAGGCGGCAGCUGCUUCCAACUCAGUUGUGUUUGUGUCCUGGCUUCCUCCUGUCAAAGUGAACGGCAUCAUAAGAAAAUACACAGUUUUCUGCUCCAACCCACAUCCCACGGUCAGCAGUGAGUUUGAGGCAGCCCCGGAUGUGUUCUUCUACCGGAUCCCCAACCUGAGCCGUAACCGACAAUACAGCAUUUGGGUGGUUGCUGUCACUGCUGCAGGCCGUGGAAACGCCAGCGAGAUCAUCACUGUUAAACCCAUGGCAGAAGCUCCAGCACGCAUCUUGACCUUCAACAGGACAGUGACGACACCCUGGAUGAGAGACAUUGUGUUACCGUGCAAGGCAGUGGGCGAUCCGUCUCCAACAAUCAAGUGGCUGAAGGAGAUAAACGGAACCCCCGCACCUGUCGUGAUUGACAGCCGGCGCAGUGUCCAUGGCAACGGCAGCCUCGUUAUUCGCACAGUAAAAGCGGAGGACUCUGGGAACUACACCUGUGUGGCCAGUAAUAGCUUUGGCUCCGAUAUGAUCGUCCUCAACCUGCAGGUUCAAGUUCCACCUGACCAGCCUCGCCUCACAGUGACCAAGACCACCACAACGUCCAUCACACUGUCCUGGAUACCUGGAGACAACGGCGGCAGCUCUAUCAGAGGCUACAUUUUGCAAUAUUCGGAGGACAACAGCGAGCAGUGGGGAAACUUCGCCAUCAGUCCAAGUGAGCGUGCCUAUCGGCUCGAGAACCUCAAGUGUGGCACCUGGUACAAGUUCACACUCACAGCCCAAAAUGCUGUGGGGCCCGGACGCAUCAGUGAGAUCAUUGAAGCGAAGACCCAUGGGAAAGAACCUCAGUACUCCAAAGAACAGGAGCUCUUUACCAGCAUCAACGCCACCCGAGUCAAGCUCAACCUGAGCGGCUGGAACAACGGCGGAUGUCCAAUCACCUCUUUCACGCUGGAGUAUCGCCCCAUGGACUCGCCUUCGUGGACCACGGCGCAGCGCACCUCCCUCACCAAAAGCUACGUCCUGUAUGACCUGCAGGAGGCCACCUGGUAUGAGCUGCAGAUGAAAAUCUACAACAGCGCCGGCUACGCUGAGAAGAGGAUCAAGUUUGCAACGCUCAGCUACGACGGCAGUACCAUUGCCCCGCUAGUUAAGGCCCCUAACAUAAGCGAGGACACGUCCGGUGGCAGCGAAGGUUUGAAAAUGAUGGUGACCAUUUCUUGUGUGUUGGUGGGGAUCGUCGUCAUCUUUAUCGGCCUGCUGGUGCUGAGGAGGAGGAGGCGUGAGCAGAGGCUAAAGAGACUACGAGAUGCAAAAAGUUUGGCUGAGAUGCUAAUGAGUAAAAACACACGUCCAGCCGAGCCAGUCAACAAGCAGCAGCAAACGCUGCGAAUGCACAUCGACAUUCCCAGAGCUCAGCUUCUAAUCGAGGAGAGAGACACCAUGGAGACUGUUGAUGACAGGUCCACUGUCUUACUGACCGACAACGACUUUGGGGAAACCCAGAAGCAGAAGUCCUCCACAGUCACCCACACGGUCCACUACCAGUCCCUCUCCCAGGCCACCGGUCCUCUGGUCGACGUGUCCGACGCCAGACCAGGAACCAGUAAGUCCAACCCGACUGCCCGCCGUACAGCCAAAGCUGGCCCGGCUGCCCGCAACCGCUACGCCAGCCAGUGGACCCUAAACCGCCCACAUCCCCCCGUCUCUUCCCACACGCUCAGCACUGACUGGAGGCUGCCCACGCCCAGAGUGGCGGGCUCUGUGGACAAGGAGAGUGACAGCUACAGCGUCAGCCCAUCUCAGGACACAGACCGUGCGCGCAGCAGCAUGGUGUCGACGGAAAGUGCCUCCUCCACUUACGAAGAGCUGGCCAGAGCCUAUGAGCACGCCAAGAUGGAGGAGCAGCUGCGCCACGCCAAGUUCACCAUCACUGAAUGCUUCAUCUCCGACACCUCCUCGGAGCAGAUGACCGCCGGCACCAACGACUACACCGACAGCCUGACGUCCAGCACGCCGUCCGAAUCAGGCAUCUGCCGCUUCACCGCUUCGCCGCCCAAGCCUCAGGACGUCAGUCGGGUCAUGAACAUGGCGGUGCCCAAAGCCCACAGACCAGGGGGCGAGUUGGUGCACCUUCCUCCCUACCUGCGCAUGGACUUCCUGUUAAACCGAGGCAUGUCCUGCUCAGGCUCAUCCAGAGGGGCGGCCAGCGGGGAGAGGGCGGCCAUGGGCCAGGCCUGCCUGGAGCCGCAGAAGAGUCGCUCGCUGAAGCGGCCCUCCCGCAUGGCGCCCCCGACGCCAUCGGAGGCCCCUCAGGCCAGCAGGGACCCCGCCGCCCAGUGGCAGCCCGGCUCGGCCGCCACGCUCCCACACAGGGAGGGGUCGGAGUUGGCCCAGGCCGCCAAGCUCAGCACUUCGCAGGAGUCUCUGCUGGACUCACGUGGACAUCUCAAACAGAGCAGCAACCCCUACGCAAAGUCCUACACGCUUGUAUAACAGCAGGGGGUCCGGGACUCGAACUCACUUCCACGCUGGACUUAACACUCAAGUGCAGUAAAGGGACUCAACACGCAGUUCUGUAAAUACGCCCUCUGAGGUCGGGGUCACUUUUACUAAUCUACUUUUAUUUAUUUUACAACUUUUUUUUUCAUUUUAUUUUUUUACACAUAAGUAAACAAACAAAACGACUGCAGCCAAACAAAUUAAGAAAUGAGGGAAUAUUAUUUGUUCAUUCUUUUUAUAGAAUUCAUGAGUGAUUAUUAAUAUUAACAACAAAAUUAGUUAAUAAUCAUUAAUUAUGGAUGGUUCUAUUAUCUAGCUUGUUUUGAUAAGAACUCAGACUUCUGUUUGUUUUUUCUUCAACGGAAGAUGGAAUAUAAAGAAAUUGACAUCUUUUCAGCUGUUGUGAAAUUGUUACUUUUUAUGAAGAAGAAGAAAAGAAAAAAAAAGUCUAUUUCCUAUGGAUGCAUGGGGACGACCCGCUCUUGGACUAUGAUGACUGCUCCGCCGAGCAUUUUGUCACGCGUAUGAAAACGAUUCCAAUGUGAAGAUUUAUUAUUCUUAUUACUAUAUAUAUAUAUAUCUAUAUAUAGAGAGAUUUAUAUAUAGAUAUAUAUAUUCAUAUAUAUAUAUAAAGAGAAAAAUCAAUUUUAUUUGUGGAUAUUACAGGGAAGAAUUGGUUUGGUUAAUAUGGUCUUCAAACUUGUUUUUAAUUAGAAAAAUGGCGUCUCUGUCGAUCUUUCUCUGUGUCCCAUUCUCUGAUGGUGCAAUAUAAGGAAAAAAAGAAAAGUCUAUCAAAACUAUUGCUCUAUGCUGUAAUAAUGAUAAUGAUAAUAAUAAUAAUAUGUUGUGAGUGUGCUGACAUGAGGUAGAACAGGGAGGGUUUCACACCAUGAAGGCCCCCAGCCCCACCCCACUCAAAUAGACCCUCUUCUCUCAGUGCACUAGGAUGAGUCCUCAGGGCUCUCAUGCUCCUCAGUAGAUCCAACAUUGCUGCUCUACAGGGAAAACAUGUGAGACAAUCUAGCAGAUCCCUCCCUUCAAACCAAACGUAUAACUUAUGGUAAAAAUACCAGGAAAAAAAAAAAAAUGAAGAAAAAAGAACUGUCGCUUAUUCUUUCGUGGUCUUUUACCCACCCCCACCCCCACCCCUGGUGUGUUUCUGUUCCCCCCGCCGAAGGGAGAAGAUUUAUUAGCCAUCUUUCGGCGAGGUCUUUCAUGUCCGUUUGUACGAUUUAGUUCUACAAUUAACUUUCUGAUGAUUGUUUUUUUUUUAUUGUUUUUUUUUUUUUUUUAACAAUGUCACCUUUUAUUUUUUAACAUUUGGUGUUCACUUUGGGUGACACUGGAAUAAAGAGAAACUAACAAAAUGUUGGCAUUUGCUGAAUAAAAUGGCUGU